UAAAAGCCUCUUAUAUCAUAAGAAUAAAAAUAUUGACAGACUAUCAUUACGUGUAAUUAGAGAAAAUGAAUUAGAAAAAGUACUUUAUGAGAUCCAUUCUAAUGCUAUAGCAAGACACUUUGGUGUAGAAUCGAUCUACAAUAGACGACAAGAAGCUCUACAACUAUAUGAAGGAUUAUAUCUGCUUGAAAUAGAAGCCUCUUUUGACAAAAUCAAAAUAGACAUUGUUGAACCUUUCAAGGAUAUAACAGAAAAUGAAAAAUUGUUAUAUCAUCAUAGCUAUAGAAUAUCCAACAAA